ACCUUCCGACUACUCUUUUCUAGUCAAUUUUCUCAACCCCCAUUUUUUCCUCUUCAUUAAAACCUUCCCACUCCCAAUUCCCAUUUCUCUGUACAUAAAAACCUCAAUCCCUACAAAAUUAAACCUCAAAAAAUCCAAAAAAUUAAUUAAAAAAUGGGAUUUAUCAAGGAACCAAAAUCACUGAAAAUAAUAAGAGCAAUUAAGACAGUAUUUUUCUUAAUUACGUUAUUAAUCUCAUUCUUAUUCUUCUCAGCACCUGUUCUUCUUGCUGUUGCAGAUGCAAUUCUUCCUUCUGCUUUACUAUCUGCUUCUUCUCCAUUUCUUUCUCCGAAAUCUCUUUCUUCCCACUUUUCUAAUUACGAUUUUCGAUCUUCUCUCGUUGAUAUUCCAUUAAUUUCUAUCCUUCGUUCUCUCGUUAUCAUCUGUGUAUAUAGUUGUUGUGACGGGCCGAAGUUAUCACAUGGGCCCUACUUAUGGGUGGUAACAAUUUGCUCGGUGCUCUCAUUGGUGUUUGUUUCUUUGAAAGCUCCGUUCGUGUUUAGUGGUGCAAGUAACGAUGGUGGCCAGAAAGGAAUAGCAGGGUAUACUAAAGCCACCGAGGUUGCCCUCUUUGUUUGUUCUUACAUUUUGGCCGUCGGACACGUGUUUGUUGCUUAUAGGAUCAGUUGUCGUGAACGUAAAAAACUCCUUGUUUAUAAGAUCGACAUUGAGGCUGUUAAUUCAGCCUAUAAGAAGGGAUUUCCAAGAUAUGAAAAAAUGUUACAAGAAAGGAAGAAGUGAAACAUGUAUAAACUUGAAUCAUUAGAGAAGAGUUUAUUCAAUGUAAACUAAUAUGGAUCUUACAAAUUUCACAGGAAGCUCUACGAUGAAAUCGCGUGAAAAAAAUUUUAGAUUUUUUAAAAAAUUAUGAUCGCCCGUCUAAAAAGUAGCUUGUUUAGAAGGUGGCGAUGUUACCCGCUAAUCAUGUUACAUGGCUCGAGGGAAAGAAUGAUUCUCCCGCAUAUGUAUAGUUUUCAUUUCUUUUUUUUUUCUUUUGGGUGGAAUAGGUGUUAGAAUAUUAAUUAUUAUGAUUAAGGAAGAUCAUUAUGUACAUAAUUAAAAGAAGAUAAUUAAACAAAAGAGUAUGAAAUUGAGUAGGCAUGCCCAAGGCUAGCUCCUACAAUUUUGUUGGGUAGUAUCAUAGUAUAGGAUGUGUUGAUCUUAUGAGAAAUUAUUUCGUAUUUUAAAAUAAAGAGUUUAUUUUUUUUAUAAUUUUUAUUAAUCAGUUAAAUUUAUAUAUAGAGUAUAUUUUACAGCGAGAAAGUCACAUAUAAUAAUUUUUGCU